AUGACACGAUCAACAAGAGCCGCCGCAAGGGUGACGAAGCAAGUCACAAGUAACGCGGCUAAGAGGAGGCAUUCCCAAUCUACUGUCGAUGAGAAAACGAUCAGCAAGCGUCAAGCACCGAGCCAAGUUACAAAGAAGAACGUUGUCAAACACCCCGCGAAUGAAGACUUGAGCAGUAGUGAAGUCAAGGUGAAAAAAAACACAGCGAGCAGCGACGCCAUAGCGGACAAGAAGUGGAAAUCCUGGUCCGCCAAUGCAACCUCAACGCCCUACCCCGACUUCGGCCACCCCACCCCCGAAGAAUGUCAGAUCGCCCACGACGUCUUAUAUAAACUUCACAAUGAUGCCGUCGAAGCCGAAUUCAACGACGAGAAUACGCCCGAGACGAUCCCCUUCGUGCUGGACGCCAUGCUGGUCGCGGUUCUCAGCCAAGCCACGAGCUGGAGCAAUGCGAAGCGCGCCAUGAACAGCAUGAAAGCGACCUAUGGCUCCGUCUUCGCAUACGACGCAAUCUUUUCCGGCGGUCCCGAAAAACUGCAAGAUACGAUUCGUUGCGGUUACGGGCUGCACAUCCGCAAGACGAAGAUCAUAUUCUCGAUACUGGAGGAUGUGAAAGCGCGGUACGGCCGCUGGAAUCUCGAUCACUUGCUGGGACGAGAGCGAUGA